CAUGCGUACUAAGGGACAAUCUUGAGUCAAUAACGGUGUAUAAUGAACAGUACACACUUACAGAAAGGAUACAUAUAAACAAAAAGUCGAUACAUAUCGCCUUUACUCUGAUAUCAGUGGACAGCUACACCUUAAAAGUUUCAAGUAGAACUAUAAUGGCAGCUAAAGCUUCCUUUUUUGAGAGGGAAGAAGCAGCAAUGAAAGAAGAAUUGACCAAAGAAAAACCUCCUGUCUUGAAGAAAAAUGAGGGAAUAUAUAACUCCCUGAACUCUCUCAAUAAACGGAGCAUGGUAUUGGAUGAAGAAAAUUUCGAAGAUGUGUUUUUAAGGUGCAAUGUCUGCAAGGAUCGUUUUUCGGAACCAGAUAAAACUCCCAAAAUUCUCAAUUGUCACCAUUCUUUCUGUAUGGAAUGUAUCCUUAAACUCUUUAAAACAGAGGCCGAGUAUCGUCUGACGUUGACGCCAUCUUUACGCGGUAUGCCUACAGCGGUAACAAUCCAUUGCCCGUCUUGUAGACACAAUUUCAUUUCGACGGAAGAGAAUCUGCGUCAACUACCAACAGACCAUCGCAUCGUUCAGUUAAUGGAUUUCGUAAAACAUACCGAUCGAUACACGGUGACAUUCUGCUCCAAACAUAACAUGCAACCAUUGAAUUUCUUCUGUGAACCCUGCAUAAAACCAGUUUGUCGUGAUUGCACCGUCAUCGAUCAUAGAGAGACAACUGGCCAUUUAGUCAUGGAUUUAGAACAAGCAAUGAAAAAAUAUACUCCAUUGCUUGAUAAAGCUUUAACCGAAAUGCAAAACGAAACAAAGCUAUUAGAAGAAAAACGCAUGGCUUUGGAAUCUACGAUCAUCCGACUUGACCGUACCAAAAUUGAUCUCCUGCAAAGUAUACAUCAGACUUUUGAUAAAAUUCGUGUCAGUUUGUGCGAGCGAGAGAGAGAAUUGCGGGAUAUUGCCGAAAGUGAAAUUACGAAAGAGAGGACCCGAUUAACUGAAAAGAUUCAAUUGUUGAAAGCCCGCAACACAACUCUAAAGGAACACAGUAAACAACUAAAAAGUGCCAAAGAUGAGUCCAACGUGGAAGAAAUGUUCCGUACUCAUCAGGAUAUACGAGAAAGUAGAAUAGCACCACCUAUAAAAGUUAGAGAAUUUGAUGAUGGUCUUCUGACCACAUUUUCGUUCAACUCGACAGAGGACGGCAUGCUUUUGUCUAAACUUUCGAAUUUCGGAGACAUUAAUUCUAAAGUCGAACAUGAUACCUUACGACCUCGCGGUGCAUUAAAGGCUCGGAUAGCACGGCGCUGACUAUAUAGCAGUAGCCUUGCUUAUUUAUCGUAUGCUUGUUGUAACUUUCGACCAUAAUUUUAAGAUAAUGAUAUGUAUAUGGCCGUUCAGCAAUACAUUUGGUCCCAUUUAUAAUGUUCCGAAAAUGUAGAUAAACCUUAACAGCGAUUCUCAGAGACCCAUGUCAUAUUCCUCCCCUUGGGAUCCCAGAUUGGCCAGAUUUCCUCCCCCAUUUUAAAAUGUUUUACUAUUAUGCGGUUAUUAUUGAAACUAAAUUGCUUUAUGAAUUGCAAUCAAAUGAAACAAAUCGGAUCCCUUUCGCUCCCAUGGCCACAGUUAACAAAUGUCACCCGAGCAUCGAAAAUUAACAUGAACAAGCUUUUCUAACCUCAAUAAUUCAAUAGUGCAAAAGAGGAUGCAGUCUGAAGCAGCACCUUUUUGUGAGCUGUUACUUCGUGUAUGGUUGUGUAUAUUGGUGUUUCAUUUGAUAUUUAUACAGUUUGGAGAUCCUCUCCUGGCUCAAAUCCCCCCCCCCCCCCGUUCCUAAUCGAGCUGAGAUUCGCUCGGUUAGAAAUUGUUCGCCUGGGAACCAAGUUUCCCCUGCUUGUGAAUCAUUUGGGCGGAUGAACACCUGGCAUGAGAUAUAUGUAAGAGAUAAAGUGACUCUAUGGUGAUCUUAUAUGGUUGUUGGUAAUCUUAAGUUACGAGAUCUAUACUCAUGUCCAAAAGAAAGUAUACGCUGUGCAUUUCAUACUGCAUCAACCAAAGUCGUUUUUCCAUUCUAUACGGUAUUUGGGUACAAUUUCAAUUUGUUUUACCUUUUGUUGCUUAGAAAUGUUGAGUUUGGAUGCAAGAGACAAGCUCAGUAAUGUUUUAUCAAUUGUUUUUAAUCUAAACAAAACUUAGACAUAUUUUUAGUGUGUAUACUUUCUUUUGGACAUCAGUAUACUUUAAUAUACCCUUUUUACUAGUUGUCCAGGAAUAUUUUAUUAUUCUUUGACAACUGUGAUACAUUUCUUCAGUCUUCAUUCAUUUUCUUUAUACAAAAAAAUUAUAAUUGAAAGGGGUCUAAUAUGACUUAAAGGUACAAUAUUCCAGACUAAAAGAAAUAUAGACUUUAAGUCCACACACAUUAAAAAAUAACCCCAUCAAAAGGCAGAUUGGUCCAAUAAUUAUCAGUCAUCAAAGGUAAUUGAGGCCCUCUAAAGUUGUUGUUAUUUUCUAUUGAUUUUAAUAAGAUCAUCACUUUAUAAUGCAUGUUCCAGUUUUGUUUAGCAGUAGAACAUGCCCAAAAUAGCUAAUUCCAAAGCAUUUCCUUAAACCACAUUUUGACAACACAACGCCUCUAUAUCUUGGUAAAUUUUCGGAGUUGUAUUUUCUUUAUAAACUUUUUUUUCGUCUUGAAAUAUUACAUUAUGGCGGUGGUCAUUAUUUAUUUACGUGAUUAUUGAAUUAAUUUUCGGCUACGGUUCUUAAGAUUUGUGGUUAAUGUUAUUAUGAUGUUUGAACAUAUCUAGUCAUUGAAAUGUUUAUUAUGUAAAGCAUUUUAUUAGAUACCCUAUUUAAGAAAAGAAAACAAUCUCCCCAAUGUC